AAACACAGCUUGUUGGAGCUGAGCUGCCCGACUACAGCAGCUGCCAGGCCCUAGGACAGAUCAAGGACCUCAACCACACUGACCACCAGCACCACCGGACCCGGACCCCGCCACCAGCUCUAGCUCAUCUCACCCCAGUGCCAUGACCUUCUCUGAGAUCCUGGACCGCGUGGGCAGCAUGGGCCGCUUCCAGUUCCUGCAUGUGGCCAUUCUAAGCAUCCCAGUCCUCAACAUGGCGAACCACAACCUGCUGCAGAUCUUCACAGCCGCCACCCCUGCCCACCACUGUCGCCCACCCCCCAAUGCCUCCGCAGGGCCCUGGGUGCUCCCCAUGGGCCCGGAUGGCAAGCCCGAGACAUGUCUCCGUUUUGUACAUCCGCCCAACGCCACCCUGCCCAACGACACCCAGAGAGCCACUGAGCCAUGCCUGGACGGCUGGGUCUACAACAGCACCAGGGACACCAUUGUGAUAGAGUGGGACUUGGUGUGCAAUUCCAACAAAAUGAAGGAGAUGGCCCAGUCUAUCUUCAUGGCGGGCAUACUGAUUGGAGGGCUCGUGCUGGGAGACCUGUCUGACAGGUUUGGCCGCAGGCCCAUCCUGACCGGCAGCUACCUGCUGCUGGCAACCAGCGGCUCCGCUGCAGCCUUCAGCCCCUCCCUCACCGUCUACUUCAUCUUCCGCUUCCUAUGUGGCUUUGGCAUCUCAGGCAUCACCCUGAGCACCAUCAUCUUGAGCGUGGAGUGGGUGCCCACCCGGAUGCGGGCCCUCGUGUCGACAGCAACUGGCUACUGCUACACCAUUGGCCAGUUUAUCCUGCCCGGCCUGGCCUACGCUAUCCCCCAGUGGCGCUGGCUGCAGUUAACCGUGUCCAUCCCCUUCUUUGUCUUCUUCCUGUCAUCCUGGUGGACACCAGAGUCCAUACGCUGGCUGGUCCUGUCUGGAAAGUCCUCGAAGGCCCUGAAGAUACUCCGGCGGGUGGCUGCCUACAAUGGCAAGAAGGAAGAGGGACAAAAGCUCAGCUUGGAGGAGCUCAAACACAACCUGCAGAAGGAGAUGUCCUUGGCCAAGGCCAAGUACAGUGCAAGUGAUCUGUUCCGGACACCCAUCCUGCGCCGCGUGACCUUCUGUCUUUCCCUGGCCUGGUUUGCCACCGGUUUUGCCUACUAUAGUUUGGCUAUGGGUGUGGAAGAAUUUGGAGUCAACCUCUACGUCCUCCAGAUCAUCUUUGGUGGGGUCGAUGUCCCAGCCAAGUUCAUCACCAUCCUGUCCUUAAGCUACAUGGGUCGGCACACCACUGAAGCCGCCUGCCUGCUCCUGGCGGGAGGGGCCAUCUUGGCUCUUACCUUGGUGCCCUUGGACAUGCAGACCCUGAGGACAGUCAUAGCUGUGUUUGGAAAGGGAUGCCUGUCCAGCUCCUUCAGCUGCCUUUUCCUCUACACAAGUGAACUAUACCCUACGGUCAUCCGGCAAACAGGUAUGGGUGCAAGUAACAUGUGGACCCGUGUUGGAAGCAUGUUGGCCCCACUGGUGAAAAUCACGGGUGAGGUGCAGCCCUUCAUCCCCAAUGUCAUCUAUGGGAUCGCCGCCCUCCUGGGGGGCAGUGCUGCCCUCUUCCUGCCUGAGACGCUUGAUCGGCCCUUGCCAGAGACUAUCGAAGACUUACAAAAAUGGUCCCUGCAGGCAAAGGAGCCAAAGCAGGAGCCAGAAGCAGAAAAGGCAUCCCAGAUGAUCCCUCUGCAGCCUUAUGGACCAGGCCUGGGCUCCAGCUGAAGACAACAGAACCCCCUUUCCCUGCCCUCCAGAGACUAAUCCCAGCCAAG